CUGCUCACUCCAUGCGAGUGACUGGGCAACACCUACAUCCCUAUGAAUUGACAUGAGUGACGAUUUCACGAAUUCUCAUGACGAAGACAAACGACCCGUGACGGAGGGGAGGCGGACGCCGACAAUAGCACCUGCCCAAUGCGCACUGAGGAAUUGACAGUGCAUCUUCGCCCAAGACUCGAGACUGCGUCGGCAUUUGGGGCGGGAUCGCAGGUCUUUUGCGCUCGGCUCCAAUCUUCGAAUUGAAACGACUCUACGAUCAAUUGACCGCCCUCACACUCGCGCAUUCCACUUUGACAUUCCGCCCGCGAUAGUAACACAGUCCACCGUCGAGAUCUACGCGAUUCCACAACACUCACCCGAGCGUCUCACGAAGUGUAGGCCUGGUCACAAGCAGAAGACAAAAUGGACCCUGAGGAACUCUAUACCAAGCAAAGCUGCAUCGGAGGGGGAAGCUUUGGAAAAGUGUACAAAGGAGUGGACAAGCGCACAGGUCAAGCAGUGGCUAUCAAGGUGAUAGAUGUGGAAAACGCCGAAGAUGAAGUUGAAGACAUCAUACAAGAGAUAUCGAUACUUUCGGAAUUGCAGUCGCCAUACGUGACCAAGUACCACGGCUCAUAUCUGAAAGGCUCGGACCUAUGGAUCAUCAUGGAGUUUUGCUCGGGCGGCAGUUGCUCAGACCUGAUGAGACCAGGCCUGAUCCACGAAGACUACAUCUGCAUCAUCAUUCGAGAACUGCUGAUGGGCCUGGACUAUUUGCAUUCCGACAAGAAGUUGCACCGGGACAUCAAGGCCGCCAACGUACUACUAGGCCAAAACGGACAGGUCAAACUCGCGGAUUUUGGUGUAUCAGGACAACUCUCAGCCACGAUGACCAAGAAGAAUACCUUUGUGGGUACUCCCUUCUGGAUGGCACCUGAGGUCAUCAAGCAAUCUGGCUAUGAUCACAAAGCGGAUAUCUGGUCUCUCGGUAUUACAGCCAUCGAACUGGCUCAAGGGGAACCGCCCUACGCUGACAUCCAUCCUAUGAAGGUUCUCUUUCUCAUACCGAAAAAUCCUCCACCGACUUUACAUGGAAACUUCUCUCGGACAUUCAAGGACUUUGUCGAGCUCUGUCUCCGCCGGGAUCCAAGAGAACGACCCUCCGCUAAAGAGCUGCUGAAGCACCCGUUUGUCAAGAAAGCAAAGAAGACGACCUACUUGACUGAGCUCAUUGAGCGGAAUGAAAGAUACAUGGCAACUCGCGGCAACCGUGCAUCCGACGAUGAGGAAGAAGACGAAGAACCUGUAAGGGCAGCGACUCAUCAACCGGAGGAUGAGGAUCUAUGGGAUUUCGGUACUGUCCGACCCGUCGGAGGCCGUGGGCCAGGACUUCGGCCGAUGAACGACUCUGCCACCAACGCAAGAGCUUCUGCAGAUCCUGCCGCCCCUGCGAAGAGCAUAUCAGAUUGGGAUGAGACGGUCAAAGUCCCUUCAUCGCCUCAGAAAUCGCCUGUCAAAGCUGCCUUUCCCACUCCUGCAAAGGUGCCACUACCCCCAUCGCCCAUGAAAGCGACAGCCUCAGCACCCCACGAGAAUAGGGCUCCAUCCGCGAUUUCUGUCCCUUCUGCUCCCCCAAAAACGCCAGCUGCUCGAGUAGCGACUCAAAACCCACCUUUGCCCCCGCACAAAGAGAGUCCUGGGUCGAAUGAAUACAACAAAGCAUUUCAGGCUCAACUGGCCAAAGAUAUGGGGUUCUUAAAGAUUGACGCCGAGCAUAGUCCAAAGUCACCGCCAUCUCAAGGCCAGACUCCUCCAGGAAAGAAGCCCCAAAUGAUCAUCCCUGAGAUCCCGCCAUUUAAGGGAAAGCCAGGACGUGGUGAUCCAGUCCAGAAGUCUCAACAAUCUACAUCUUCCAGACCCGUCAGCCAACAGCCGCUUCCAUCCUCCUCAUCCAUGCUCUCCAAUCAACUGGCAAUGGGCCCUGCAUCGAUUUCCAACCAGCAGCCAUUGCCGCCGCUCACUACAAAGACCAACGUUUCUCAAACAACAAAUAGCGCAAGCAGCACACCUGCACAGACACCGAAGCCAGACCCGAAUCAGGAGCUCACCGCUCUCAAUUCAGUCCUGAUUCCGGCUCUUGAAGCAGCAAUGCACCGUCGGACGUAUAUGUUGAAAGAGCUAGCCCGAACAAGCAAGUUGAGCUCCUCUGCGGCCACCGAACUGCACCAGCAGAGAGUACAAACGCACGAGAAGGUUCGCAAGCUUGCUGCUAAAGUGGCGGGUGUGUUCCAUGAGAUUCAGAAGUGCGACGAAGAAUUCCCUGUUGGCAUGGGAGGCGGAGUCACAGAGUUCCUGGAGGGUUUCUUGGAGGAAGUCCUGGUCCGGGUUGAGGCGGCUGAUGAGCCGGAGCCCAGUCCCCCUAAAAAGGCAUGAAAUUGUGCAACAUUACGAGAUGAAAUGUAAUGGGUUGAUUGGAGUAUGUUUACAAUGCGAGGCGAAAGCCCUGCUAGAAGCCUAGGCUGGGAGCGUUAGCAUUCUAGAUGGCAGAGCAUUGAGCAAUUGACAUAUUAGGCGUCAUGUUGCAGCAGUGGUGGCGGUCGCGCCUCAGCCUUGCAUGAUUCGUUGUACACACGGCAGGGAUGGCACCCGAGUCAUGCCCGUUGAUGAUGACGAC